AUAGUCAGUACGCGCCCGCGGGAACUCGGAUGAACACGGACGUCCGUCGUCCUUCACUCCGCACCCCCCUGACAGUCAGUCGUCAGCACUGCCUGCACUCAUGACUUUACAGACUCUCCUGAUCUAUGGGCUCGGAAUUACGUUGGCUUCGGUGGCGUUGUUCACCUCACAAGCACAUGGUCUGCAAUGCUAUGGCUGCAACAUCAUCCACGGGCAGCGGUACGUGGACAUUGGCUGCUCCAACCCCGAGGUCAUCACCUGCACACACUCCCACAAGGGCUUCAAGCACCGCUUCUGCAUCAAGACAGAGAGCACGGCGCUUGGCAUCGCCCUGACAAGCGGCUGUGCUACUUCUCGACACUGUCAACAACAGGAGCUGCCUGGGGUUCGCAUCCAUUGCUGUGAUUCGGAUCUAUGCAACAGCUCCUCCUGCUGGCGAGCAAAUGGACUACAUUACGUCUGUGCGAUACUCAGCUUGCUGCUGUUAUUGCUGCGGUUAUAAUGUGAUGCCUGAAAAUAUGGACUUGACAUUACGUCAUUUCUUUGUGUUGCACCAAGCAGAAGUUUUAUCGAAUUAUCAAGAUGACGAUAAUGACUUGCAUGAGCUGUUCAAAGUGUAUUUUUUUCACAAAUUAAUUUAGAUACAGUAUGAGGAAAGCCUGUUGUUUGAUAAAUGCAGUGAUUAAAUUCAAUGGAUAGGUUAUAUUAUCACAACAAUUACCACCCAUUAAUUUCAGUCAUUUCAUAUAUUAGUCAUAGUUUGUUUCCAGAGAAUAACACCCAAGAGCCUAUGAGCGCUCCUAUGUAAAUAUUCUGUAUCAAAGAGCGUGUCGAUUUUCUUGAAGACAACUUUAUUUAUUAUCUAUUUAUUUAUUUUAUUUUGUAUUUGUUGACCAUCAGUUGCACUUCAUUGUUCAAGACAUACAUCACAAAAGAUGUAGUGCUCUGUUUAAUGGCAAACUCUUGAGUCAGUGUGGGUUCAUUGGGCACAUAUCUUGUUUUGUUACAGUAGGCUUAUGCUGCAGAGUAAGUGCUGGAGAUGUAUGACUUUGCAUG